AUGUCUACUCCUACGAAUCUUGUGUUGCAGAACAUGAUGCCAUCUCGGUCAACGACGGGUUUCGAAGGCUUCCUGGAAUUGGACGAAACAGACCCCAAGCUGCUAGAGCAGGACUUUUUAAUAAAAGGAAGUCAGCUGCUGAAACUCUUCCGUUUCUGUCCAUGUUGCGGUUCUAAAAUAUCGGACUCGGUACGAUUUGUAAGUUUGACGGCCAACGGGGCAGCUCCCAUUGUGCACUACAUCUGCACAGCUUGUUCUCCAUUCGAGAAACGCUUCGAAGGGCAAGUGAAGGAAGACUCACAUCCAAGCGAGACCCCUUCCACAUACACCGUACGGACUGACAGCGGUGCAGUGACUGAGGAUACGAACACUCAGCGGCGAGCUCAGAAAGUCGCUAACGAUGUGAGAUGUGCUCCUGCACGAGUUGCCUCACACAAGCAUGAGGUGGAGGAAGAGAUAAAGCUCUUUUCGAGGAAAAGGGUCAAGCAAGAAGAUCCUGAGUCAGCGCUGAGCACGGACAAUAGCUACGAGACUGGAGCAGUUUCGGCUCCAAAGUGCCACCAGAUGUCCUCUGCACAUGAUUAUGGUUUAGAUUCCAGUACUGUAGACGGUGGCGCGAUUGGCAGCUCAUCAAUAGAGGCUGGCGUUCCGGCUGAAUCUUUGUUCACCUUUUGUGAUAUUAGAUGA